AUGGCCGACCCCUUCUCCGCCGCCAGCAGCGCCAUCGGCGUAAUAUCCCUCGGCCUCCAAAUAGCCCAACAACUAAUAAAAUUCUGCCAAGCCUACCAAAGCUACGACGAAGACGCGAAAAGAAUCGAAUCAAAAGCCGAAUCUCUCCGGCGCCCGCUCCGCGCACUCCGCGAUAUCAUCGAGGAUGCGCAGGUGUCGAACCCCGAGUUGGCGGCUGAUCUGUCCGAGAAGGCGUUGGGUUUGGAAUGCAUGGUGAAUAGACUGAGGACUGCGGUUGAACGGCAUUUACCGGUUGUUGCGGAUGGGUUUCGGUUUCCGGAGAAGAUCAGGGGGCAGAUUAAGAGGGUUGUUUAUCCGUUUCGGAGGGAUGGGUUGAAGGAGAUGUUUGAGGAUUUGGAUGGGAUUCAGAAUUCGUUGCAGACUACGUUGAGCAUACAUUCGACGCAGAAGAUGAACAAGUUGGGGUUGAUGCAGGAGGCGAUUCUUGAGGAGGUGCAGCAGAUACGCAUUACUCUACAAGAAUACCCAGAAGGAAUGCCACCUCCAGCGUUGCUUAAAUCAUGGUGUGAUCGCCAGUGUGGUUUUGACGAGAACCCAGCCACGGGGAUGCAGAUGACAACGAGGACAUCAACCUCAGAAAUCGCCAUUACGACUUCCUCCAAUUCCACCAGUCAUGCUAUGACACCCUAUAACCCCAAGUCCAGCAAUAAAGGAGAAACCACAGCAAAGUCAUUCAAAUACCUCAGUACUCUCCUUCGAGUCGCGGUGACCGCGUCUUUCUCACUGUCAAAAGGGGCCGGUGGAUUCUCAAUCGCGCCAUCUUUAAGCGUGCAAACCGUCCUGGACUACAACGGGAGCACGCUCGAAUUACAAAUAACCCAAUUCUUCGAUCUGAAGAAGACAACUAUUUCCGAGUUUGACCAAACUGUCGAAAACUGCAUCCGCCAGGUCCAAAAGGCUUUCUCUGCUGGGAAGUCAAAACCAUCGGAUAUUUUCUACUUGGACUAUGCUCCUCGUGAUUAUAACAUGGUGUCCUAUGUGGAUGCGCUGGUACCAUUUGACAUAGCGACGACGCGAGAUCAACUUCCAGGCUUGCAUAAGCUUACGAGGUUCCUCGUUAACAAUGGCUCUAGGCCAAACAACACGUUUAGUCAAGGAGCUCUGCGAGGGCUACUUCGAUUUACGAGAUUCCAGGAUGAAGAGUAUGCCCUGGCUUCAUACCUUGUUGAUCACGGUGGUCCUUGUACACUGGAUAAUGGAACCCUCAACCAUAUCGAGCGAUACAAUAUAAAGUAUAUCCUGUCCAGAUAUAAAGAGAUUCUCAUUGUCCCCGAAGUUGCCAGAAUAUUAUUUCAGGAAUCUGAAGAGGAGCUCAAGAUUGGCCUCGAAUCCGGUCAAAUCGGUGCUAACGACAAAGCAUGCGGCUGUUCAUUACUUCAACUGGCAUUUGGAUGGCCAAAGGGUGUACAGCUCCUCCUGGAAGCAGGGGCAUCUGUUGGUGGAGGUUCUCUCAUCUCCUUCUGGGGAUGCCCCAGCCCUCUCCGCGAAGAGGACAUCGGAUUCAACGGAUUUUUCCAUUCAACCAGGCUCCUGCUUGAUGCUGGGUGUGGAUUAUCAAUCCCCGUUUUGCAGGCUCCCAGAUCAGGAAAAUUGCUCUCGCUCUUUGCCUCUGUGCUUGUCAAGCGACGAAGGAAACUAGGCAGACUAGCUCAGUCAUGCCUGCCUCAGGAAGAACUACAAGCACUCGGUGUAUAUGAAGACACGGUUCCUGACCUGCAUGCAUCAAGGAUAUGUGAGAGGGUUGCCGCACGUGGCAAAACCAUUGAUCAGUCGCUCUUGGUUCGAAAUCAGAACGCAUCCAUCUAUCAUAAUCGGGAUCUUAUUCCCAGUGUCAUGGAUGAACUGUUUAACGCCGGUUUCAAAGACUUUGAUUCGGCAAGCUCAACUAACGUUACUCCCUUGAUGACAACAUACGAGUCCUUCUAUUCUGCAUGGGAAGGUAUUGAACGGAUGGUGUGGUUUCUGUCUAAAGGAGCAGACAUCAGUCGUACACUACCCUGCUCCAAGGCAAAGACUGCCCAUUUAUUAACGGUUCAAAUUGUUGGAUUUCUUAUUGCUAUAGUGGAUAUCAGAAAGUCUGACGCUGUUUACUUCCAUUGGUCAAGUCUGGAGGAGAAAAUUGCCUACUCGAAAGAACAUCUCUUCCCUUGCCCAUCUCUUACGGACCAAUGCACCUGUCCAUGCUCUCCACAGGGAUGUACCGUUGUCUCUGUGGCAGGGCGACAAGCUAUGCGUUGGUCUCGAUGGUCCCGUAUCACCGACAAGUCUUCGUGGUUGAAACGCUUGAUAUCUCGCAUAAUCGACUGGGCUCAAUCUACCCCGUCGGCCGAACAGGCUGUCAUUCGAUCCCUAACCUUUGACGCACUCGGCCUUAAGCACACCUGUUGCAUCGAAAUCGACGGUGUAGUCAAGGCAUCCGACAGAAGAGACGCGGAUAAGAUGGUGGGCAGAGACCCUGAAGAAAUUAAUGAAAUCCAAGCAGAGAAUAUGCAAGGCAUGGAAACAUUCAACCAGCUCCUGGCUGAUUUUCAGGCGAAAUUUACUGAACUUGGCCUUCCUAUCAUGGAGUUUCUUGAGUGUUACUGGCACCCCCAUAUGGUCAAGCAUCUCCUAGAGCGUGACCCUUACAGCGAAGAACACGAUCGAGAGACAAGGAACAUAGGUGUGAUUUUGCAAGCAGAGGAAGAAGACUUAGAUCGAGUCUCGCUGCUUAUUGGUGCUUAG